AGGACCCAGCGCACAAGUGCGAGAUGUAUGAGGGCACAGUAUUUUGUUGAUGUAUACAUUUAUAAAUGUUAGCACAAGAAGUUGGGUGGGUAUUUCAUGCCGUGUGAGCCUCUGACGGUACCCAGGACUUUUUUGUUGCAAACACCAUAUAGCCUGCAGUAAUGAAGUCUAAGAAGAAGAAGAGACAGGAUGACUUCCAGAAGGUGAAGUUAAAAGUUGGAAAGACGAAGCCCAAAGCCGAUAAUGCCACCAUCACAAGUUUCCGCACAAAGGGGAUUCAUCUAUCUGAACAGCUGAAGAGAGACACCAGUGGUCCUACCACCCACCGACAGCUUGGUAUCAAUGACCUCCUGUCCCAGCUCCAUCAUUACAAUGCCAAUGUGAAACACAGUGCCUUGUUGGGUUUGAGAGAGUUGCUGUCUCUAAAUCCCUCUCUGUUAGACCAACAUCUCUCUCGCCUGCUUUCUGAAGUGGCAGCUGUUUUUUCAGACAAGGAUGGAAAUGUUCGUGUGGCAGCUACCCGUGUGCUCAGGUUCAUUGCACAGUCUGUGCCUGCAGAACGCGUAUCUCCAUUUUUCCCCCUCCUCAGUGCCCACCUGUCUUGUGCCAUGACACACAUCGAGCCAGGCAUCCAGGAGGAUGCUAUGAAGGUUCUUGAUGUGUUGCUGGAGCACUACCCUGCGCUUCUUGCAGCAAGGUCUGCAGUACUCCUCACUAACUUCCUGGAGUUGAUCUCUCACAAACAAAGCAGUAGUAGUGCCAAAAAGACGCAGGAUGCAAAGGGACGGACAUGGGCACUUUCCGUAAACCCGAGCAGGACUGUGACAAGCCAGCAGUGGCGUCUUUCUGUUCUUUCCAGGCUUGGACGGUUUCUGCAGGCUGUGGUUGAGGAGAGACCAAUGGAAGAGAGUGAUAAUUUUACCCAAAAUGAAGGAGUGUUUGGCUCAAGUGGAGAGGGCACACUCACUCCUCUCUAUCUCAACUGGGAAGAGCUCUCCUACAACAAGGUUGGAGUCAGGCUGUAUGAGCAUUCUGGCGCCAAACCAACUCCACGGUCUACCUUUAAACUCAGACCAGAGGUGGAGCCUGCACCCACAGUUGGCGAGUGUCUGGACUCAUCUGAUUCUGUUCAGAGCUUUGCAUCCACCCUGGUGCCUCUUCUGUUAGAGGUUUGGGUUGAAGCCAGUACCAGUGACUGUCCCUGGAACAGCAGUGAGGGCACUCACCUGCUCACCCCAGAUGCAAUGUCGGUGAUGUUCCAGGUGUUGUCUAUUCUGCAGCUACUCAGAAAACUGGCGCCACAGCAGGAGCACCGGGAUGCACUGGAUGCAUGGUUUUAUAAAGAAUACCUGGGAGAGUUUAAACAACACUUCAUGAAAAACUUCCCCUAUGGUGCUCGGGAUACACCCAAACACAGAAAGAAGGUUGAUCUUAAAAGGAGUAAGCAGACUGCAGCUGUGCCAGGAUUGACAGUGGAGCCCCUGGCCCUAAACAUCACACUUUGCCAGGUCAUGGUGUCCCUAAGCCAGAGGCAGGGAGUUGGCCGAGAGACAGAUGGAGACUGGCUGACACCUCUGAGGUCGUUUGUUCGAGACACUCUGAGCAGCGGAGUGAAACUGAGUUACAAACAGCUCCAUAUGCUUCUGGGUACAGUGUGGAAGAUGGUUCUCACACAGAGGAGUAAAACAGUGACAGAGGAACUGUUGGCAGCUGUGUAUGUGUACUACAAGCAGAGGAACCUGACUCUACAGCCACGAUCUCUGCUGCUGUCUUUCUACAGCAAACUCUACCUGCAGGAGCAAGGACACACACACAUAGCAAGGAGUAAGGUGCUUUGCUGUUGGUUGGCAUCACUUCCUGUGCAGUUGUCCCAGCUCGGCCAUCGUAACCCCGCUCUCUCUGCACGACUCAUCCUGUCCAUCCAGGCUGCUGCUUCCAGGGGAAACAAAGACCUGCUCAACAGUCUGCAUACACAUGCUUGCAAGCUCUAUGAUCCACAGGAGGGAGUUGUGGUUCUGUUACCAGCAGAGUCCCAGCAGCAAAUGGUGCAGCUGCUCUAUUUCCUGCCCAAGAUGUCCCAGUCCCUGUUGGCCAACCUGAGCUGCUGCUGCACUGCUGGACGGAUCUCUGCCAGCCUUGCUGCCUCUCUGAUACGUAUCAUCCACUUUAGGUCAUCUCUGAGUGGCUGGUCCAUUGGGUGUCAGGAAGCAGCUCUGCAGGAUGUGGACUACAUCAGCUUCCUGUUCUCCACACUGACAGGCUUUUCAUCUGACAGGCUUGCAUCCCUGCAGGAGGACGAGGACGAUUACCUGCCUCCGACCCCUCUGUCACCCCUAAGCCUCUACCCCACACCACUCGAGCAGUUCACACAUCACUGGGAUGUUGUGGAGGAAGUCUGCCACAGUCUGGAGACCCUGGGUUCAAAGUCUCAGUGCUUUGACAUCUUGCAAAAUGGCAUUUGCAAAUACCUGACAAAGUUGGGGGUUGUGCCUGACAGUAUGGCAGCUGGGCUGCUCAGAGCUGUAUCCAGACUAAUGGAUCUGUCCGUUCUGCCCAUCGAGCCUGUGCUGCGCUUUUUGUCUCAGUGCUGCCUCAGCCUGCUGGUUCUGCUCAUCACCCUGCAGCAAGAACUGCCAGCUGAAACCAACCACAAAAGGGAGGCCAUUUGGGGUGCGUGCGUGUCAGCGUUGAGCACUGUCCCUCGCCUGCUGCGGAUGGUUCUGCAGUUAUUGCGAGUUGGAGAUCUGAGCGAGGAUGAGCUUCCACAGCUGGGACAGAUCCUUUCCAUGCUGCUUCAGCACACACCGAUCCAAAACCAGCUGCUGGCCAACGCCGCUCUGCUUCAAGAAAUCAUACAACAGCUAACGAGGUAUUCAAGAGGAGCAACCAGGGAGCAGUGGCUGACAGACCUUCUCUACUGUUACAGCGUCACUGUGACCCACGGGUCUUCUGCUCGUCGUGGAAACCUGGGCCUUCGAGACAUGUACUGACCAUCAGUUUACCCUCACUACAUCUCACCUCAUAGAAGACAUACAGAACACUUACACAGCUCAUUAGGGAUGAGUCCAUACAUCUAAAAUUUCUCAAUGAAAGAACAGUUUAUUAGUGUUUUUCAAUCCUAGUGCAUAAAAAAACUCAACAUCCAUGUUUUAUACAACUGAUUUUUCCGUGGCUUAAGCUGCUUCUUUAUUGCUUUUUGUAAGCUUGUUAACAAUCUGUCUUUAUUCUUUGUCCUUUGACAUUUGUUUCUGAUUUUUGUCCAAUGCUUAAAAAGGCACAAGGCAAAGUUUCUUUUAAAAAAGUGAAACUUAAAAGAAAAAAAAGCAAGCA